AUGCAUAAGCCUUCACUGGCGCAAAUAGUGCACAGCACAUUAUUUCCUCGCCCGCGCGCAAGUGAUCCGGCUACAUUCUCCGCACAUAUUACCCGCAACCUGGUCCCAGAAGUUCGAGUCGAAACGUCCACAUUCUAUGGAUCGCUUGACUGCCCCGAGGCUCAGUAUCCGGGACUUGACUAUUCCUAUGGUCCGCACCGCAUGAGGCUCGGUCGUUUUCCAUGGCACCGAAGACUGUUCCGGGCCUUUGACGAGCUUGGUCUUACGGAGACCGAGAUCUCAUCCCUAUGCCGCUGGGAGGGCACCAAGUCGGCUCGCGAACGUUACGAGAAGGAAGAAGGCGUGAAAGUCCGCGAUACUACGGCCGACAAUAUUCGACCCGCUUCUCCAUCUCCUCUUCCAUCGAUUGAAGUCCACUAUGAGGAUGAGACGGAGGAGGAAGAAGAAGAACUCUUGCCAGAACCGGAAUACCCAGUGGUGACAUUUGAGACCGUGCGCUCUACUAGCAGCCUGAUCGAUGACCGGGGGAUCGAUUGCAUUGUGGAAGAGAAAGAGGAGGAAGACUCAAGCGAUGACGAAAUGGAGAGCUGCGGAGUCGAGCUGAAUCAUCGCCUCAUAGCAGCGACCGCAGCCCGCGAGCAGGGGGCCGACGUGUCACUGGACGAGGAUUGGGAGCAGUGGCUGAAGGAAGCCGGGGAGCGAGGGAGCUACACAGAUGUGCUCAGUGCGAUCCGUAUGGGUCAGCCACUGGGUUACCUAUACGAUACGUCUCCUCCAAUGCCGCCCCUCGGAAGGGUCGGCGGUCGAUCGUCUGCCUCACUUUCAGAGCCAUUCGUUCUGCCCACCCCGUCCAUGCUGUCGAUCUUUCCCCCCUUCCCUCUCGAUGCCUUCCAUUCCACCAUGAUCAAAGCCAUCUUCUACAGUAAAUUCGACACGCAGGAAGGGCCCAAGGUCGUCCACCAAGUUCCCGAUGGCGCGAUCGUCCCCUCCGCAACUGCCCCCUCGCAGCCCCUCUUCCUCACCUUCUCCGACAUCUCCUUCUUCGUCAUUCCCCGGCAAGAGCUGUGUGGAAAUCUGAUCCAGGUCUGCACCAAUGGCUAUCGAAUCCUGGGAUAUCCGAUCUGCAUGAAGUCCCUGCGAUACGACCGAAAUGAGUUCAUCUUCAAUUUCUGCGUGGUGCUGGCUGAGGAGGAGGAUUUCAGCACCUACAAGAGUGUCGUGCAGAAGCUGGCGGAUUUAAUGCAUGGAUUGGAGGAGCAGAAUGGCUUCCUAUCGCGAGAUCACUCCAAAUCCGGCGAGGGGAAGGUAUACAGCCUGUGUGAGACGCUGAUGGAGGAUCUGAACAAUUACUGCGAGUGCAUGAUCCCAAUCGACGAGCUGAACACCCUCAACAUCAAGCUCUUCCCUAUCUAUCCUGCCCCUCCGCCUGUCAAGGCAUGGCAUGUGCCGCUGUUCACGGUCCGCUACCAGACCUUCAUGGACGAGAACUGGGAUCUGACCAUGCAACGGAUCGUCCCACACAUCAAUGGCGUCAAUAGUGUACGGAUAAUUUCGAUCCUUGCCGAUACUGACUUCUCCCUGACCUGCCGCGCCAUUCGUCAUCUGCUCUACUACGGUUGCCUGUUCCUCCUCGACAUCUUCUCCUUCUCGGCCAUCUACGCCCCAACCGCCCAAUUCAGCUCCACAAUUGCCACAGACGAAGAAAUGCAGCAGGAGUGCGCCCGCUACGUCAACACCGUCUUUGCCUCCCCAAUCACCGCUGCUUCGGCCGCCCUAACCCCGGGCUAUCCCCCGCAUUACGAUCCCGACACCGUCUGGCCCCCAGUCGGUGACCCUCUCACAACCAGCAGCGCCAGCGAGAUCACGAUCUCCAGCCGCAGCCCUAGUCGAACCCCCAGCCCGAGUCCUAGCGCGGGCACCAUCCAAGCCAGCAGCAGCAGAACCACGUCUCCCGCCCCAGGAACAGCCACCGACGACGACACCGCCACUACUACAGACAUACAUCCCACCGAGCCCCAACUCGUCGACGGGGUCGGCAUCGUUGAACUCUACGCCAGCCUGAAACAAGGCCAAAGCAUCAAACAAUGGUACCUCCAACACAGCCGACAACUCGCCCACAUCGACAUCCGCCGCUUCAUCACCUUCGGCGUCAUCAAGGGCUUCAUCUACCGUGUGCACAAAUAUGCCGUAGCAACAGGAAACCCAGCACCACCCAUGAAAUCCUCUCACUAUCAUCACCACAGCUCGCCCGCAUUACAUCCGCCCAGCGGCCCAUCAUCGCGGGGGCCCGGCACAGGCACCAACAGUCCUUACGCCACUAGUGCGGGAGACGACCCGGCCCCGAUUGCACAGCACGAUGGUGGACCAAGCCAUCACUCAACCUCAGUAUAUAGUGGAAGUCGACCGGCCACGAUCGUGACCCUCGAGGGUGAGGAAGAGGAAGAUGACAUUGAUGAUAAGACGUUGUCGAAGUAUCUCGAUGGGAUGCAUUGUUUCGAUCAGAUCUGUACGGAGUUGGAAAUUAGUGAGAGGGAGUUGACGGCGCGGUUGAAGAGGUUUCCAGGGGAGGUGCUGAUACUGCAUCGAUGA